AGGAGUAGGAUGGAUUCGCGACUUCUCUCGCAGAAAUUGUCCAGACGUGGAUAGGACAGGCAACGGGAAACCGAGCACGUAUCGUAGGGGUAGAUGCGUGCGUUUUCCUUCUAGCGAGUAUUUGCCUACUUUCAAAUGAUAUCAACGCAAAAAGUUUCACUUUUCAGAGGCGGAUGGAUGACUACCAUUCUCGGCGACUUUAUGUGAGGAGGAGAUGAUGAAUUACAGCAACAGUCCCCGCCACAAAAAUCAGACCCUAAAUCACACAAGAGAUCGGAACAACAAGAAGAGCAACUGGCUUUCAGCGACUUUGUUACGAUUUUCCCUACGUGAUUAUGGUUUCUGCAUGGCUACCCUGUUCCUCUUCUGUUUUGGUUCACUGUUCUAUCAGUUGAACGGAGGACCCCCUAAAAUUCUUCUGGAAAUCCGACAAUAUCUUGGCGUGUUUGGGAAAAGUCCCUGGCCAAACAGAAUGGCUUCCAGGCUCAGUGUCCACAGGGACAGGCAAGGAAAGGGGUCGCCUCUGACCUUCAAGAAGGAGAAGAAAGGAGAGUCCACGUUCCUGGAUGACCACGGGGCCCCGUCUCCCAGAGUCCUGCCCUUCCCGAGUCAGGUGGUGUAUAACCGGGUGGGGAAGUGCGGAAGCCGGACGGUGGUCCUGCUGCUCCGGAUCCUGGCCGAGCGGCACCGGUUCAACCUGGUCUCCUCCGACAUCCACAACAAGACCCGGCUCACCAAACAUGAGCAGGUGGACCUGAUGCGAAACAUUAGCAACAUUCCCCAGCCGUUCCUUUACACCCGCCACGUGCACUUUCUCAACUUUACACGGUUUAGGAUAGAGCAGCCAGUGUACAUAAACAUCAUCAGAGACCCGAUAAACCGUUUUCUGUCCAACUACUUCUUCCGACGCUUCGGGGACUGGAGAGGGGAGCAGAACCACCUGAUCCGAACUCCUGGGAUGAAGGAUGACGAGAGAUAUCUAGAUAUUAAUGUGUGCAUCCUCGAGAAUUACCCAGAAUGCUCCAACCCCCGCCUCUUCUACAUCAUCCCCUAUUUCUGUGGGCAGCAUCCCCAGUGCAGGGAGCCGGGCCUGUGGGCACUGGAGCGGGCCAAGCAGAACGUUCUGGAGAACUUCCUCCUGGUGGGGGUUCUGGAGGAGCUGGAGGACGUGCUCCUGCUACUGGAGAGGCUGCUGCCGCACUUCUUCUCCGACGUGCUCAGCAUCUACAAGAGCCCAGAUUACCGUAAGAUGGGGAACAUGACGGGGACGGUGCGGAAGCAGACGCCCUCGCUGGAGGCCCUGCACGUGCUGUACCAGCGCAUGCGCUACGAGUACGACUUCUACAACUUCAUCCGCGACCAGUUCCACCUCACCAAGCGGAAGAUCGGCCUCAAGUCCGUCUCCCGGCCCACGCACCAGCCCAACUUCCUGCUGAACUUGGCCCUGAAAACGCAGGAGCCCCUGGCCGAGGAGGACGAGGACGAGGGCCAGGAGCCGGAGGACGACCUGGAGGACGCCAACAGCUGGCUGGUGCAGCCCUGAGGGGUCUCCGCGGAGACGGGAGGCGUGGCCAGAGCGCCUGGGCGGGGCUACAGGGGGAAAGGGGGAGGGGCUCAGCCCCUCUGUUUUCCGAGCAUUCCCAGUCGCUUGGGGGUGUGGAUGACGAUGAUAUCCGUGUUUUUACGGGUGGCCGGUUCCAUGCCAGCGGGGACGUGAGCGUUCGCUUCACGUGAGCCGACGGUUCAAAAGCUUCAGAAAAUAGAUUCUCUUUUUUUUCUUUUUUUUUAAUGAUCAGUUUUUAAAGAAGCAGCUUUUUUUUUGUUUGUUUGUUUUGGUUCUAUUAUUUUUUUUUUGCUCAAAUCAGGAGAGCGCCGUGUCUCAGCCCUCCUGGUGGGCCCAGAAGCCGCCAUCUUGGGUAGUAAUCAGUCUGUGGAUGGACCUGUCUGUAAUGGCAGUCAGGAGAGCGCUGGAAGAGCCGCUGCAGAAAUGGCGGUGGGAUGUCCCAGUCCCGGUCAGACGGGCGGGUCCCAGUCACUGUCCGCCAUGAGCCCAGUCUCGGGUCAGAAGUGUGCGUCGCGUUUAAUGCAAAAAAGACAGAAGUUUGGUCGUCUCGCAGAUCAGAUCGAACCAGAUCUCACGAGCGCUCUCCCAGUGGUGGAGUCUUAGUCCGAGUCGCGUUUGGUAACUUUUUUAAAUCCACUUGGAUGUUUUGCAUGGCGCGGCACGGCUUGGAGAAGGCGUGUCGAUCUCAUUCCGGCUGCCGUGGGACAGGGUUGUGGCGGCGUUUCCUCAAAAACACGAUAGACAGGGUACAAUUGGCCAUCAGAUUGGGAGAAAUAUUUGAAAAAAUCUGAAACAAUGAAAAAGUAAAUCUGCAGUCCCAUGCUUUCCUGCCAUAGACCCUCAAUUCGACACAUCUACCGUCUCCUCUCAUUGGUCUGAUUUAGGCUUACCGUGGGAAACGGACACUAGUGUACAGACAGGUGAUCAGCACCGAUGUCUGUGAUUGGUUGGCUCUCCCACUCAUUCAGAUGCAAGCCAAUGGCAUUUCAUCGUCAAAUCCUACAAGUGCUGUAUUCUGAGUUGUGACAUCAUAUUAAGGGCUUGUGAGACUCAAACUGGGAAGGCGCAUUUUUAACCCUUUGAAGAGCAGGGCUUUUUGGAAUCAUUUUUUUCUUCAACAUUCUUAAGUCAGUGUUCUAGAACUCCAUUCACUUCCAUUACCAGUAGUGAUUGUGACAUCAGCGUUAGAAUGCUCAGUUAUGAACAUUCUAAUGGCAUUUUUGUGGCCUCACACCUUAAAGGGUUAAGCUGACAUCUGUCCUGCGUAUGUGAGUUUCAUGACCGAUAAGCGUGCCGAUUUUAACAUGGAGCACCCCAAGUGUAGCUGCCUGUUAAUCUAUGUACAUUCUGUCUAUGCAGUAGCGUCCACUUGUGCACUCCAAAUCAAAAUCAUUGUGAUUUCAACCAAUUUUUUUUUUUUUUUAAAUGAACACAAUAAAUAAUGAUAUUUUAUUAAAACAAAGAGAUGGGAGAUGUAUAUUUUUUACUUAAAACCUAUUGUUUUGUGUUUUGUUUUUGUUUUUUUCAUCUUCACUAAAAAUCAUUUCACACGCAAACCACCAGCAUCUGGAAGGUUACGGUUCUAAAUUAAGUUUCAUCUGUUCCAUGUUUCUCUUUCACGGACUGUCAUUCAGACGCAGAUGCCUGUAAUAUACGCCUGUCCUUGCAUACCAGUGUAUGUACUGGUAAUAUACCAAUACUGUACCUGUCUUUACUGGCUGACAGUGCCACACUGUUUCAAGUGCUCAUUUGGGUUUUCUUAAUUCAGUGCUGUCCUCUGCAUAGACAGAGAUAUUCAGAAAAAAAAAAAUCAUUGUUGUACUACAUCACAGAAACAUGCCACAUAUUUCAGUGACACUUGACUUGAACUGUUUUCCGUGAAGCAUGCCUACAGUAAAACUGCGUAGGAUAAUAAUGACAAUGUCAUCGCCGUCUAUUACAGCGUAAUAUCACCAUUAUAAUGUAUGCAGUGAAUUUUACACAGCAGAUUUCAAAACGGGUGUUACCAAGUGACUGCAGGUUACAUCAUGUCACAUCGCAAGCAGUGGCGCGUUGUCCUCACCGGACGUAUGUUCAAGACGGCGAACGUUAGCGGCAGACUACGUUAGCAGCAAACAGUUGCUGUUGAACGAUUUUAAAUGAACAUUCCAUUUAGGUCGCCACCAACGCCUUUUAUUACAAAUUGAUGAGACCUAGGUCUAGCAAGCUAGCUAGCUGGUUCGUUGCUUACCUGAGAUCUAUUUUUGAAGGUAAGACCACAUUAUUACAUAGAUUAUCGUGUAUUAGAACAGCCAAAUAAUUGUCAACUUUCAUUCUCUCUGGCCACCUUUUCAAACCGUUAGCGAACGUUUGUGGCGAACAGAAAAAGUUUGAAUAUGUUGGCUAACGUUUGCCAUCUUGAUUGCACGUCAGUUGUAACAGGUGUUAUGUCACGCUUAUGACAGUGCUGCUUCUGCGUUAUACCAUGUAGUUCAAGUAAAAGGUUUCUGAUAUUACAGGAGAUGAAUCAACAUCACAGAAAACCGGACAGUAUUUGCAGAAUUGGUCGGGAAUUGGUCGGGAAAUGUUAUCUUUAAGCAAGAAUUCAGGAUAAUCCGGAACAAAUUCACCAAAAUAUGAAUUCAGAGAAUUCAAAGUUGAAUGUUCUACCAUUUUAAACCGACAGAAUAGGUUCUCAGACCACAAGUUUUUGAGAACUGUUGAAACUUUACUGUACAGUAUAGGAGUUUGGUUCUAUUGCAUUAAUUGUUGUCAUUGUUGCUGUUGUGCAUUCUCAGAUGGGGCACAAAUAUUGUUUUACCGUCGCUGUUCAAAGCUUUUUCCGUAAAAACAAAAAAAAGUCUUACAGAAAAAAGAAGCCAAGUAUGUGUGCUUGACAACGAGCAUAUCUGAGAAUGGUAUUUUCCAAACCAAAUCUCACAAACUGUCAGCCAAGGGUUUACUGUUACACUAUUAUUUGGAUCUAACCGAAGCUCCUGAUCUCUAACACAUUGCAAACUUCAGAAGGCAAAACCCUACAAACCGAUGUUUGAUUAGCAUUGAAACCCCCGCCAUCCCAUUAGAAAUUUGUCUUUAAAGAAGUUGGCACAUAAUAUAAGUAGUAUAAUGUUGUAAUCUGGUAUAACUUCACUUGUCAUACUACAUGCCAGUUUAAUAUACAGCUUUGUGUAUUUAAAAAAGUGUACUGUGUUCUGGAUUAUCUUUUUGACAGUUUAAUUUAUUAUAUGUAUACGUUGCAUUCCAGAUGUUUUUUCUCAGGAAAAAGGGUGUUUUUAGAGAGAAUUUGUGCUUCAGCAUUUGGCAUCUAACAGUUAUCAAGUACUUGUCAUUAGCAUUUAUCAGAGUUUUAAGUACCUAAAUAAACAUUUGAACUGCCUAAAUGCCUGCUUUAUUGAGGAACCUUUUGGGUUUUUGUUUUUUUUUCCCUAAAUUUUCAAAAUGGAACGGUCUGUUGUCUUGGACAGCUUUUGAAAUAAAUAUCUUCUAACAAAAUUAACUGAGUUUAUCAUA